ACCCGGGGACAUCUAAGUUGCUCACCGUUGAUGUUUGUCGCAAGUCACUUUCGCGCUUCCUGUUGUUCAGAUAGUGACCGCCAGCUUAAACCAGUGGCUGUUUAUGAUUAGAAAAUGUCCGCAGCGGGUUUGAGGUGUCCGGGCUGUGGCUCGUCCAACAUUGUGGACGAUGACCUGUACUGUCAAGCCCAGCUGGUGUGCGUGGAUUGCGGCUCGGUGGUGUCCGAGGGGACCCUGGCUGAUGACCCGGUGGGGGGUACAGAUGUCAGCUACAGCAGGACUACAGAGAUGACAAGAAAACCCUGCCUCAAUCUGAUAAAAGGUCUGGAGCGCGUGAAAGAAAUAUGCCGGAUCCUCAGGGUCAGCAGUGAAAUCGAGGAUCUGGCAUUGACGCAUUUCAGGCAGGCCUACGAGCAUGAGAGCUUCAUCAACGUGACCCUCCAGAGGAAGGAGUUGCUUGCUGGUUGCUGCGUGUUUGUGAGCUGCAGACAGCGGGACUGGCCGAUCACCUUGGGAACCAUCAGCUGUCUGCUGAACGCUGACCAGACCCUGGUUGGGGGAGUUUAUCAGAACAUGAUGAAGAUCCUGAACAUCCAGGCUCCUUUUAUCAAUGUCACAGAUGUUAUUGAAGCACAUGUUCAGGAAUACAAAAUAAGCACACAACACGUUCCUGAAGAGUUGGCUGAGGACUCUAAAGUGUUGAGCAAACGAGCCGUGGCGCUGGUGGAGCUGGCAGGAGAUUCCUGGAUCGUGACCGGACGAAAGCCCCUACCGAUCAUGAUGGCAGCAACGUAUUUGGCCUGGCAGUCUUUGAACCCCAACAAACAUCGCCUCAGACUCUCGCUGGACAAAUUCUGUCAGUUGGCCAAAGUCCAAAAGCGCAAACCAGCUACAACAAGAAUAACAGAGCUGAAGGAGGUGCUGUGUAAGCUUGGAAGGGAACUUCCCUGGGUCAGGGAACCAGUUACUCAAAACGAUGUUGUUCCGCUAGUGGGGGAUAUUCUGGAGCACAGACACACCCUGCUAACGAGGGCUCUGAGAACCCAUGAGAGGGCUAUGGAAGCUGAUUGUACUCAAACCUUUGCUUUGAACUCCCUUACAGAGGAGGUGGCACCAUCCCAGAUCUCAGAGAGCAGGAAUCAGACUGCAAAUGCUUCGUCUGUGGUGCAACCCUGUCCUAAUACCAGAGGGGAAAACCAAGAAGGAGAUGGAGACGAAAAUCAUCAGAGCGAAGAUCCAGAACCAAACUGGGGUAAAAGGGUCCUGUUUGCUCCUCCGUGUGUGCUUCACGCCAAGAUGAGGAGAGUGGAGCGGCCUGUUCAGAACGUCACCGGUGAUGAGGAGAUCUCUGACAGCGAGAUCGAUUCAUAUAUCCGCUCUCCACAAGAAGUUCGAGACUUUGCCCAGAUGCAGAAGAUGGCGUCUUGCUCUGACAGUGGGAAAUCAUAGCUAACUUGCACUUGUUUCAGUAAGAAGGAACGUUUUAUGUUUUUAUGACCUAUGUUCAGCUAAAUAUUUAAUAAACCUGUUUUUGCAUUUUUUUUGUUCUGUACGACUAAGCAUGUCGCUUUCCUGCCAGGUAAAGACUCUCCGAUCUUUUUUUGAUUAUUUUAUUUGAAACUUAUGUCAUUUAUAAAAAAAUACACUGUGUUCACAAGUCAUCUCAAAAUAAACUAUGCCCGUUGGCAUUUC